CACCACCUCAAAGGCAAAGUGACGUAACCAUGCCUCUCCCUGACACCAUGUUCUGCGCCCAGCAGAUUGACAUACCCCCUGCGUUUCCUGACAUUUUAAAGCAGUUUACAAAGGCUGCUAUCAGGACACAGCCACAUGAUGUUCUUCAGUGGUCUGCUGCGUAUUUUACAGCUUUGUAUAAGGGAAACACCCUUCCAGUGAAGGAUCGCCUUGAAAUGCCAGUGGCAACGCAGAAGACUGAUACAGGGCUUACACCUGGACUGCUAAAGAUUCUCCAUAAACAGCUCUCUCCCAACAUAUACGUGAAUGAAAAUGAGGUAAAUCAGAAGUGGAAAGAACUGGGAAUACCAAUUCAAAAUCUAGAGCGAAUUUUGGAGCUGGGCAACAUUGUUCCGAAGGUUGAUUUUGAAUGGAUGAAAUUCCUAGCUCUUGCUUGUAGUUCAUUGAGUGAGAAUCUCCUUGCUGCAAUGACCUAUGCCUGUGAAAUUCUAACAAAUGACCCACCUGGAGGUGCUGCCUAUAUUGAAUUUUCAAUUUUCAAAUAUUUGUAUUCCUACCUGGCAAAGAUUGAAGGGAUACCCGAGAAUGAAAUUGAAGCUGUGAUACUGUCACUUGAGGAUGAUGUGAUCAGGCAAGAUGGCCUUAUACAACCCAGAAAUUUCAUGCAAAUUGUCAAAUAAAGCUUUUGAGGAAAUGGAGAGUUAUUUUAAUUAUGUAAUCUCCUUUUUAUUCCCUCAACAUCCUAUUCAAAGCCACUAGUACAUACAUAUGUAACUAUUAAUUGUACUGUGUAGUCGACAGUAAAAGGAGUGUUUU